CCCCCCCCCCCCCCCCCCCCCCCGUCCCUGCCGCCCUUUUGCACCUCGGCAUCCUCGCGCGCAUCAGCAGACACCUUUCGCCGAUGCUCAGAUAUUCGGCCGCCCUCAUCCCCCUGGCGGCCGCCGCCCCGUGGCUGGCCUACAAGGCGGCCGGGUAUCUGCCCGCACAUGGUCCUGACGAGCCGUCCGCCAUGGCGCCGCCCGUUGGCCGGCCGGCACACGCGGCCGCCCUCGGUUUGGUGACCGGCUUCCCGGAUGUCCCCUCCGGCAGUGCCCUCGGGGGCAUCUGGAAUGCGGUGGCCGCCGGCGCGGCGAUCCCCGCUCCCGGGGUGCCGGACAUCGGGGCCGGCGCUGCCGACGCCUCGCCCGUUAGCCUGGGCGGCUUGUCCAAUGACGAGUUCCGGGAGCUGGCCCGGCGGCGUUGGCGCGCCAAGAAGGGCCACAUUGUGCUGGACCCCUCGCGGCCGCUGAAUCCCGAGGAGGACAUCUACUCGGACUUGCUGGCGCUGGAGCACCGCUCGCAGGACAAGUUCCCCUUCAGCCAUGUGUUCCGCCACAUCGAGUCGACGGUCGGCAUUCGGUGUCUGAUUGCCAAGCACAUUGCCCUGUUCGGGGUGCCUCCCCGUCGGCGGCCAUUCUCGCCGGACCUGCGCCCGGAGCUGGACGACUCCAUGAUCGUGCGCUUCCUCCUGAACAACCUGGUCCCCAAUCCGAACUACUACGACCGGCCACCGAAGCCCGGCAGCCCGGAGGAUACCCUGGAGCCGGAUCUGCGCUACGAGUGCGCCGGCAUCUUUUGGGAGAUGGAUCGCUUUCACAGCAUGAUCAACCCCAAGCUUCGGGCUAACCACUCGGUGCCGAAGAUUUGCUUUGGCGUUCUGCGUGUCUUUGGCCCGCCUGGCACCACGGCCAAUGAUAUCAUGAUGGACCGGCAUCGCCCCCAUUUUACGCCCAUCCGUCCGCUAUUGACGACGACCCCGCUUCUGGGGCAUGUGCGCAAGAGCCAACGCCGUGGUCUCAUCGUGGAGAUCAAGGGCAAGAGCGCUGACGACAUGCUCUCGGGCAUCCUCCAAAAUGAGACGCCGGAGCUGCUCGACCAGAGCAUCAAGGACACGGGCAUCUCCAUCAUCCAGGCAAUGGCCGACUCGCUGGCCAACACGGUGUCUGCCGACGGCGGCAAGGUCACCGCCCUGGCUGGGAGCAUCAUUCGUGGCUCCGGGGCUCUGCUGCAGUAUGUGCUAGACCUGGCCACGAAGGACAUCCCGAAGGCGGUGAGUGAGCACACGGCCGGGCUGUCUGCCUAUGUGGAGGAGAUCCGCCGCCAACGCGAAGAGCGGGCCCGCGCACGGGCCGAAACCCAGGAGGCCAUCCGCCAAGCGAUCAAGGGCUCGACCGGUGGCCCGGGCUUCAUGCAUGAGGAUCGCCAGCGCAUCGGGGACGAAGUCCGACGCCGCUUCGAGGAGGCCCAACAGCUUGACAACCCGGAAGCCCGCUCUGGCGAUCGCCAGGAGUCCUCCUCCUCUUCGGCCGCUGACACCGAGGCGCUUGACCAAGAACGCGGCCCGGUUGACCACAAGAUCAGCCAGGCUAUCAAGGACCGGAAUCGGCAGCUGGACACCUUGUUUGAGGAGCGUCGCGAGCUUUUGGAGGUAAUUCGGCAAAAUUUGGAAGAGGCAUCUUCGCAGGCGCCCGAGGCAAGUGCUGCCAAGCAUCAGGAACUUUUGAAGCGCCUCAAGGACCUGGACCUGUUGGAUGAUCGCCGCCGGCAGGUGGACGAGAUCAAGCGCAAUCUCGAUGAGCAAGACGACUCGAAUGCCUCCUGGCCGGCUGCCGGGUGGAACCUCGAUUUGCCGGACGAGGAUUCCGCGCCCACGAAGGACAAGAAGGAUCGCUGACAGGCGACCGGCGUCGGAGGAGGCCUCCCAUCUGCCCCUGUCCACCCGCGCAAUCUAUCAUCCUGACCCCGACAUUGCUGCGACAUGUGCUUCCUCUCCUAGUCUCUUUCUCUCCCCGAAUGUACCCAAUUAGAUGAGG